ACGUGCUGUUGCGCCACAGACCUGUAUAAUACAGUAGCCGCUCCUCCGCCCUCUCGCCUCGACACGCCAGAGAUGCAGAUUCGAGCUGCACUCAGAGCAAUUCCAGGCACGACACACUGGGUGGAUAAGUGCCAUCUCAUCAGACCGCUUUAAUCAGGCAUAUCGAGUGGAUUUCUAACGGAUUCUAACGGUGUGUCUCAUCCUCUCCGAGGAGAAGAGCUGGGAUUUAUUUUUAUUUUUUAUUUUUUUUAAAGAGCUUUUGAGGAAACUAUAUCUGUGGAAUCCUCGAAGUGAGCAGAUAUGGUGUUCCCCCAGUGUCGGGAUUCGUCCGCGCUGCUCGCGUGCUUGUCCUUCAUUUUAACCGGAGUUAAUAGUUUUUCAGGCGAAUUGCCUCCACCAGAAAACUUUAGCCUGUCAUGGCGCACAAACAGUUUGGACGUACAGGUACGGUGGAAGGAACCUGCUGGCUUGGACAAAAAAUGUAAAGUGAACUACACUGUAGCAGUAUAUCAUGAGAAUUGUCCUCCAACAAAGCCUGCUUUCGAUAAAUGUCGAACAGAAAAAUUGACUGUUGAAAGACCUGUUUAUGAAGAAAAAGGAAUAUGUGUUGGAAUAACAACAAACCCUAUGCUUUGUGCAAAAACAAAUGCCAGCAAAGAAGUGUACAAAUAUCUAUCUCCACCUCCAGCCUUAGUGGAGAACUUUAGGUGUGGUUAUUAUGCUAAUAAAAAGAUGAACUGCACAUGGAGCAUAGUCAAAAAUACCCCUGACCUUCAGCUGCUUUAUAGGGAGAAGAAAAAACCCCAAGAAAGCUUAAAGCCUUGUAAGUCAUAUAUUAUGAAUGGAAACAUGAAGACAGGCUGUCACCUGCAUGAUGACAAUCUUAAUCUUCAUGCAGACUUUUACUUUGUCAUCAGGGGAACUGAAGAAAAUUUCCAGAUUAACAACAAAUUUAUGAUAGCCAUAUAUAACUCAGCAGUGAAACUACCUAAACCCAACAUUAAAAUCAUGCAGGAAGGGGACCAUCUCCGUUUUCAAGCCAGCCACCUAGAUUUUAUACCAAAACAAUGUUUGAAAUAUAAGUUUAUGUACACCAAAUGCAAUGAAAAGAAUGAAGUUGUGGAAAAUGAAAACGGCUCAACAAGUGUGCAAUACGACACAGCUUGCAAGUACACAGUUCAAGGACUGGUCUUAUACUCCAAUUGUGGCAGUGACCUGGACAUUACGAGUGACCUGAGUGAACCUGUGGAUUAUGGUAUGGAUAGUGACCCAAAUUUGGCAUUUAAAGUGGCUAUAAUCAUUACCCCUUUAAUAGUGUGCUGCUGUCUCAUUGCAGCUAUAGUGCUGUUUAGGAGAAACAAGGACAUCAUUCUUCCAAAGAUUCCUGAACCAUCCCUGUUUUUCAAGGAUAUGCUUAACAGUACUAGUGACGGGCUAUCAAAGAGCCUUGGUGGAGGAAAACUUUAUGUGCCUGUUAGGGAGGUUGUGGCAAGUGGUGUGAGCCUGGAACCAAAAUCUCUUCUAUUACCUCCAGACAAUGAAAAUUGCAUCUAAAUCACACAAUGCUGUUUUUUGAAAAUGGUCAGUAGUAGACUCACAGUGACAAAGUCUGGCUCUGAAUUCUAGCAGCUUAAUCUUAAAGGUAUACACAUUCUUGUUGCCUCUUAAGACCUACCUAGCUCCAUGCAAUGUUUCGUUCUUCAUUCUAGGUAAAGACCUGUACUGGAUUAUGAAUUGCUAAGUACAGUAGUUGUCUGAGUUCAUGUAUGAAUGAGGAAGUCAUGGUGACAAGUCAUGGUAACAACAGGAACUGGGUUCUGAAAAAGUCCUGAAAACAGUCUGUAAAGAAAAAGUAGAGACAAAUGACGUUCCUGCAAAAAACAUUACUCAGGAGUAUAUGUAUAUGUAUGUAUAUACAUAUGUGAAAUGGAAACUAGUGACUUUUUUUGUUUUAACAAAAGGGCACUGCACAUAGCCACUUGGAUUAUAUCUAUGUCUUCUGUACAAAAGUGGAAAUUUCAGUCUAAUAUUAUAUGAAUGUAUAGUGUAUAUAGGAAUAUCUGUAAAUAUUCAUUUGGUUUUCUAUGUAGUUUGCUUUGUAAAUAAAAAGAAUAUGGUUAACUAUU